AUGGUGUCCUAUUCUGAUUUUGACUCCGAUAAUGACGGCGAGUUCUAUUCAGACGAGGACCUGCCAAUAAUCUCAUCGAAGACCAAUAAAUUGAUAAAUCCAAAUGCAAUGGCACGCCUAGGCAAAGCUUCUGACUCUAGAACCGAUGCGCCGCCAGUAAAAUCUAGCAGUACAUCCGACCAUCUUUCUUACAAGAAAUCCGAUUUUCAUAAUCAAUCUUCCUCUAUACAAACUAGCAUGCCUAAAUACAUCGAAUCAGAAAAUAUGAAGAAACCCAUGGCCAAUCUGAAAAGCUUAGCCGCUGACCCCGCUAUGGCAAGCUUAAACGUCGAGCAUGCAUCUGCAAAUAAAAGGGAGGCCCAUCCGGUAGAAGAAGCCAUCUCUAUCAUCAAAAAUGGAAGCAUGCCUGUAAAAGAAAAAGAGGGUUCUUUAGUAAGUGGUGGGCAAUUUCACAUUAUGAAUCAGGCAGGAUCUAAUUGCGAUCAUAUCCCCGUUAUUGAAAAGAUUGAGAGAGCCGGCAUACCGUUGAACAAAGAAAUACCCAAUGUGGUCACAGAAGGUGUACUCGCUUAUGAUGAGAUAAGAAAAAUUAUUCAAAAUAUAAGAACCGUUCCAUUUCCAAAGCCCAGCUCAGGAUGUGAGCGGCAAGCUUUGGGGUUCUUGUGUAAGCUGAUUGAAACAUUUCAAGGCGCAUUGGCCAUAAGAUAUUCUGAAAUCCCAACAACAUUUGCUCAAAUUCACAAUGAACCGAUGAACUUUAAAAAAUAUAUCCACGGGAUGAGAUCGCUAAUGACAUCCGGGAAAGACACGAGAUCUUCUUUAAAAGAGCGUUGGGAAAAAUUACCUUCAAAAUUCAAAGAUUUUCUCAACUUACUUCCAUGGUUUUGUUUGUAUAUUUCUCCGUAUGAUAAAAAUGCCGUUUGGGUGUUGAGAACCAAGGAUCCUGCAGUCAAGAACUGGGCCUUAAAGCAAUCAACCAUUUCCCCGUUUAUUUCUGCCUUUGCACCAAGGGAAGCAAGAAUUCCCUUUGGAAGAUUAGUUGAGCUGCAUUCCCACUUAUUUUGUGUUUGGAAUAAUGGCAGAGCGGAAGGAUUUUCGCAGUCGCUUCUCAGAAAAGAAAUUGGGAGCAGCUGGAGAUUUUCUGGAUCGAACGCGCCUAUCACUUUUAAAUAUUCCGAAGUAUCCGUGGAAGCAAAAAAUAUACCAAAUAGGGAAGAUGGAGCAAAAGAUUUCGUGCCGGAAGACCUUCUCAUUACAAUACCACCGCUUCGUGCACUAAAUAGGAUCGGACCAUGUGAAUGCUCCAUUUGCAACGAAAGGAUUUCGCUUGACUAUUCGAAGAAACGUAUAUCUGAUGAUGGAGACGAGAACAUCCCAUCAAAAAGACAAUCCUUGCCAACGGAACAAAUUGAAGAGUCUUUGAUAUUUGAGAGAUGUACAUUCAAUCCAAUGGCGCAAGUGGAGUUAUCAAAUGUUAUUUUUGGAGCCAAAAAUGUUGGAUGCUGGUCUUUUUCAUCAAACCUUUAUUCGCUGACUUGCGAGCGGCUUCAACUAUGCAAAGGAACAGAUUAUUUUCGCCUGAAAGCAAUGAACUCCUGA